AUGAGAGAGGACUCGAGCUGGCAAGCCGGUUGGUAUGAUAUCUAUCCAGCACUGGAACAUCCUCGACGACCCAUAGAAUGGUCCAAUUCCUCCAUUAUAUUCACCGGGUAUGGCAUGCAACCCGCAAUUCUUGCCCGACAUUUCUCCUCGUCCAAGCAGUUUAUCAUGCCUUCCCCGCCCCCACUCCUCUCUGAACCUGACAACUAUGGACCCGCGACCGUGAUAUCGGUAUCGCCCGACGACGCAUGGCUUUUCGCAUGCUUUCCUGGUCAGAACAACGCGGGUGUCUGCUGUCUUUGGAAUCGCGGUCCAGAAUUGGAUAAUUGGAGAGUCAUGGACUGGUGGACUUAUCCCGCCGGAGCUGGAGUGGUUGUGGCUGACUGGAUCGGUGCAGCUCGUGAAUGGGUGUACGAUUCCGUAACAGAAUCUCCUCGACGCCUUCCUUUCCGUGGGCCUCGCGCACCUGUAUCCCAUCCAACAUUGGUGUUCGUCACCGAGAAUCAUCAAAUUGUUCUAUGCUACGUUCGGCACUAUUCUACUUCAAUAAAGAUGCUGAGUUGUUCUCUGCUGCAACAGUCGAACGCUACGGAACCUGUCUCUAAACUCGAUCAAGAGCCGACAAGUGAUAUCAACUCCAUUCAAACCUGCGUGUCUGCUGCAAUCAGUCUGAACUUCUCAGAUCCGUCCAUCAUAGUUGCCACGCGCUCUCAAAAAUGCCCAUUACCUCUGCCUACUCCGCAGUUUAACCAUAUGGACCUUGGCUUGACGGGAGAACCUGACGAAAGUGGAGCAGAAGCGCUAGACAGCGUUCUUGAAGACUACGAAGAACAUGCCACAAUUGAACUAUGUGAAGUGCAGCUCAAAUUUGAUGGUCUCGCCAUGAGUCUAUCUACACGCCCUCUACCUGUGAUUCAAACAGCGGAAAGGAAAUUAAAAGAUCUACAUUUCAUCGUUCAACCACCAACAAGACCUUCACCUUCUGUCCACCUCGUCGCGAGUUUUUUUGAUUUCUAUGACUAUGUCUCAUUACCGACAGCUGAAGUGGUGUGUUACUCUUUGACGAGACAAGCUCCAACGGAUCCUGUUUCAUGGAUUUGCAAGCAGGAGUGCUCACGUUCAUUUGAAGAUAAGUUGCUUGCAUUCUUGGCCCCUUGCAAGCAUCUAUCCGGGACGCGCGGCGUCACUGUUGGAGUCUAUCGAAAAUCCAGCGCCCAACCCCAUCCGACUUCAAUGAAGGCUAAGGAUACAGUCAUUGGGUCAGUCUCUGUCUUGAAAGUUCCAGAUUUGACGGACGACCAAGAAUGGGAAGCUCUACCUAUACUCAAACCCAAUGACAAAGUCGGUCAAGAUGUAUCUGUCAGCGCUGUGGUCUCCCCAAAUUGCUCCAUGCUUUGUACAAUGUCCGCCUCAAUCUGGGCUACCCAGACUACUCUACAAAGGGCACCUCAAAUCAAAGCUCAGACCACACCACCGUUGUCUGUGCGACUUGUUAUCGCUGUUCUUUCAGAACAUGCCACAACCGAUAUAACUCAUCAAUUAUCGCAUCACACCAUCUCCUCGAAUAUCAUAGGGAACAUUUUAUGUCACUCGUUUUCUGUACUGGACGCAUAUCGAGCUAAGACUACCCGGUCGUGGUUAAGGCACUUGGGUAUUGCUCUGGAAGUGUACAGGAUGAGAGCCUCUAGAACGCACGAUGAACAAGAAAAGGAAGACGCAACAUCCAGGUGGAAAGUUGCGCAGGAUGUUUGCUCGCUAACUUCAUGUAAUGUCAUUUUCAACGAGUGUAGGGAUGGGGAGGGAUACAACUUAGAUACAAUCUGGCAACUUGUCGGCCUCUGCACUUGGAUCAUGGAUUGCCUUGAGAAAAUAAUGAAAGAAUGUGUUCUUUCGUUAGAACUAUCCUCGUCCGGAAAAACGAGUGGCCCAGAUGUCUCUAUCUCUCCUACUCUAUUGAUGCUCCUACACCCUCAUGCAUUACAGACCCUCUUAGAAGCCGUAGCGAAUGUCAAGCAAGUUCGACAACGCCUGGAAUUGUUGACCCCAAGAUCUGAAAAUUCUCAGAUCGCCAGAGAUGCGUUCAUUGAUCAGGUGGACUGUUCAAGCAUCAAUCUUACUGGCCUGCUCCCAAUCCUCAAGGACGUGUUUGAAGUGAUCAAAAUCACCAGUGAUGAAGAGAUUCGAAGGUGUUUGGCCCUGUGCCAGCCGACAGAGAACAUGAGGAACCAGGCUCACGCUCAUCUGCUCAAAGUAUUGGAACCUGGAAUCUUGGAUAGAUCACGGCUUUUCAUGAAACUACAUGACUUCGUGGAUGGCAUGUCGCGUCUGGCAAUAGAGCCUCAAAAGCAAAAAUAUAGAGAUAUUGUUACUAAGAAUCUGCUUCUGGUUAGACCUUCAACUUUUGUUUGUGUUCGUUGCGGGGGUCAGUCAUCGGAACUAGGGAAAUCGGAUGCAUCUACUACACCUAAGCUUGUUGGAUUUAUCGAGCGGUAUUGGAUCAAGAGAUGUGUAUGCGGUGGGCCUUGGAUUCGAGCACCUCGGUCUUGA